UUCAGGUGUGGACAGCGAAGUCUGUUGCAGUAAUUGAACUGAAUGGAUAAGAUAAGUGAGUUGCCUGACGAGCUGAUCUUGACAGUAUUGUCGUCACUGCCUGCGAAAGAUGUCGUUUCUACCAUGGUUUUGUCAAAACGAUGGAAGUUUCUUUGGAUGUUUGUGCCAAAACUUGAAUGUGAUUAUAACGACAGGAGAUUGUGUCGGUUUGUUAACAGUCUUAUGCUGUUACACGAAGCUCCGGUUCUAGAAUGCCUGCGUUUCAAUGUCAGCCAAAAGACUGGUGCUAUUCUAAAUAUUGGAGCUCUAAAACGCGGUUUGCGCGAGGUGAUCAUCGAAACUGAUGAUUCACCUUCUUUGACUAAAACCCUAGUCUUGCUCCCGAGGCCCUGCUUUGGAACAACGCUUGCGGCGUUGAGACUAAGUAACGUGGUUCUUGUGGAUGUUUAUAGCUCUCCACUUUCUUUCCCAUCUCUCAAGAUAUUGAGUCUUGGUUCCGUCAUAUACCCAUGUGGUGAAUUUGUCAACAGGAUUUUAUCCGGUUGUCCUGUUCUUCAAGACUUGGAAGUUCAGCGAUGUGAGCAUGACAACGUGAUGAUCUUCGUAGUUAGAGUGCCUUCUUUAGAAAGUCUAUGGUUAUUAACGUCACCAGACAAAGCUAAAGACGAUGCACAUGGGUUUGUGGUAGAAGCUCCUUCUUUGAAAAUAUUGAACAUUCUUGAUUAUUCAAGUGGGUUUUGUACCAUUGACAAGAAAAUGCAUAAGAUUGUGAGUGCAAACCUUGACGUGGACUAUAGUUGUACUAAGAAGCUUCUAGGACGUAUGGCUUCAGUCCAACAACUUUAUCUAUGUUUAUCCACUUCCAUGGAAGCAUAUCACGAAGGAAGAAAAUAUAGCCAGCUUGUAUGGUUGGAGCUAUGUACGUGUCAAAUAGAAUGGUUCAAUCUACUUAUGCGUCUUCUCAAAGAUUCGCCUAAACUAAGAUUUCUCAAACUAGAACAGUACCACCAAGAUCGGACUGUACGUGUAAUGCCGUGCUGGAGUGAACCGAGCUAUGUACCUGAAUGUCUGACGUCAAGCCUGGAAACUUUUGAAUGGGUGGGAUACGAUGGAAGAGAAGAAGAGAAACAAGUCGCGAGAUUCAUCUUAGGAAACUCUCAUCGUUUAAAGACGGCAACUUUCUACCACGAAGCAACAGUUCCUGAAGAGAAACUCAUUGAGCUGUCAAUGUUACGUAGGAGUUCAUCAAUCUGUGAGCUUGCAUGCAAAGAGAGCUAUGGUCAAAUUCCAAGGUAUAGGUAAACAUUUGGUUACUUGCGGAUAGUUCCAAAGGUUAAAAAGUGUUGUUGGUUCCAAACAUAUUAGCAAACUUUUUUUUUCUAUUUUGGUUUUAUUCUAUUUAAAAUUUUGAAGUUAGUUUCAAAAAGAAAUUGUUAUAUACCUAUUGCAAAAGUUCAAACCAA